AAAAAGCACAAACUAACGUCAUUUUUGGUUUUCGCUUUUUUCUUAUUUCGUCUCAAGUACUUAAGAACGAAGAAGAUUAUUCAUCAAAACAAUUAAAGAAACAUGUUUGCACUUAAAAGAAGCACCUCUCGCCUGUAUCCCACUUGCAUGCAGUUUGCAAAAAUGUCCCAAUUGGGUGACCUUGGAAGCGGCGCUGGCAAAGGAGGCGGUGGUGGUGGAUCCAUCCGUGAAGCUGGAGGUUCAUUUGGCAAGUUAGAAGCCGCCAGGGAAGAAGAAUACUUUUACAAGAAGCAAAGACAACAACUUGAAAAAUUGAAGAACGACCAGAUCCACCAGGCCGAAUUCCAUCACCAGCAGAUCAAGGAACACGAAGAAGCCAUUGAGCGUCAUAAGAAGUUCCUUGAAAAUGUCUCAUCAAAGUAAAGAGGGACAAGUACAAAUAAUGCUCUCGCACCAACAAAAUAAACUGGUACUGCACCGAAAAUAUAAAAAGCUGCCAUUCUUCCAUAAUACAAAACGUCCAGCGGCAUAAAACGAAAAACGAAAAACAACGCAGUCUUUUUCCAUACAACUUACUACAAACAAAAGUAGCUUUGCCUUAAAGAACAACAAAUUAAAGUUUCUUAAUAUUUUUAUAAAAGUCUUGAUGUUUUUUCUCUUUUUUAUUUUUGUAUUUUGAUUUUAUAUCUCUUUUUGAAAAAUUGCACUCAGGUAUAAUUAAUUAUUCCAAUAAAGAAAAUAAAUAAUUCUCUAUGA